AUGCCAGGAAGGGGCGGGGCUUUCCGCCGGCGGCAAAUCCGAGGAGCGGCCGCCGCGUCCAUGCUGCCCGCGGGCUGCUCGCGCCGGCUGCUGGCCGAGCUCCGGGGCGCCCUGGACGCCUGCGCCGAGCGGCAGCGGCAGCUGGAGCGGAGCCUGCGCGUCUGCCGGCGGCUGCUGCGGGCCUGGGAGCCCGCGGAAGCCGCGGCCCCGGAGCCAGGCCCGGGCCCCGCAGCGGAGGAGGAGGACUCGCCUGCAGGGGCCGCGCCCAGCCCGCGAGACCUCGAGGAGCUGGAGCUGCUGACGCGCGCCCUGGAGAGGGCCGCGCGCGUCCGGAAGGGCGUCUCUAAGGCUGGAGAAAGGGACCCGGGCCCCUGCCUGAAGCCUGGGUCCGGGGCUGCGGCUCCCGCCUCCCCGGCCUCUGCCCCACCCAGGGCCUCAGGCCCCCAUGGCAGCGGAGCUCCAGAGGCGAGACCCCCCAGGGGCAUCCUGCAGACCAGGCUGCCUGUCACGACAUCCGAGCGCCGGCUUCUGUCAGCCAGGGGGCAGCCCGGCGUGGGGAGACCCGCCCGGCCCCCACCAGCCCUCAGGGACCAACAGACAGCCUCGCCGGCCCUAGAAGCUUUCACGCUCAAGGAGAAGGGGACCCUGUUGCAGCUGCCCGUGGCCUUCAGGAAGGCGGCUGCUCAGAAUUCCCGCCUAUGGGCGCAGCUCAGCUCUACCCAGCCCAGUGACUCUGCAGGUGCCGCCGCCACCGCCAAAGCACAGUUCCUCCAGAAGAUGCAGGCUUCAUCAGGCCGGCCCAGCCCCAGGGGCCCGGGGCUCAGUACCGAGGAGGUGCAGGCAGAAGUGGGGCGCCUGCAGAAGGCCUGCUCGCUACUGAAGCUGCGCAUGAGGGAAGAGCUCGUGGCAGACCCGGCAGACUGGACGCAGGAGUACCGCAGCCUGCUCACCCUGGAGGGGCUGCAGGCCCUGGCUGGGCAGUGUCUGCACAGGCUGCAGGAGCUGCGCGUGGCAGUGACGGAGCAGCAGCUGGAGUCAUGGCCUGAGGGGAGCCCCUUCAGCGCCCCAGCCCCCUGUGGGGGGGGCGCAGACCCCAUCUGGAGCCCCCCGCUGCUGCUGUACUCGAGCACCAGGGAGCUGCAGACCCUGGCAGCCCUCCAGCUGCGGGUGGCCACGCUGGAGCAGCAGAUACACCUGGAGAAGGUCCUGAUGGAGGAGCUCCUCCCGCUGGUGAGGGCACCGGAGCCGCCCCUGGUGCUGUGCCGGGCCGUGCACAGCCUGCUCUGCGAGGGGGGCCAGCACUUCCUGUCUGUCCUGUGGGACCCGCCCGCUGACUGAGACCCUGCAGACCCUAAGCCCCUCCCUGCCUGGAACUCUGGCUGGGGAAUCCCACUGGCUCCCUGGGGAGAGGGCUUCUGUGGGGCGGCCUUGGCACCUCCUGAGGGACCUCAGGCCCUUUUCUGGGCAGUAUACCUGCUGAUGGUGCUCGCUGCGGCCUCCUGAGACCCGCAGGCCUCUCAGCUACCUGUUUUAGCUCUUUCAAAGCCAUUAACACUUCAGGGCCAAGAGCCUCCCUGGUGGUGCAGGGGUUAAGUCUUAGCACUAUCGAGCUAUCAGCGGUCACUGCAGCCUGGGUCUGAUCCACAGACCCCGGCCAGGGCGCUGCCCACAUGGCUCAGCAGACCCCGCCUGUUCCCCCGCUGCUCCCCUCGGCAGUGUAUCUCAGUAGAUCCGCCUGUUUCUGGUGAAUCCUCUCACCCCUACACUCUGGCCUGUACCCCAGUUCUUGUAUGCAUAAGUAAAUCUUUAAAAAAAAAAGACUUUAGGGCAGAGUCUCAAUUCUCCGUGUUGCCCCUGCCGUCAUGGGGGGCCAGGGGUUGUCGCCCUGGGGCUGGGGCAGAUGAAGGAGAGGCUGCAGGCCCCGUGGGUCCUAGUCCCGUCCUGGCGCUGGGGCACUGGUGAUGGAGCGCCAGCCCCACCAAGGCCCAAACACGGGAGGCGGCUGGCUCG